GCGACCAUUCAGAUCCUCCAGAAGCUGGAGAGCACUUCAGAGUGGAAGAGCUACAUUUACGGCGAGUAUGCCUUCCACUACAUCGUGGACCAGACCCUGAACCUCUGGUUCGUGUGCAUGGCCGAGCGGCUCCUAGGCCGGCGCAUCCCCUUCGGCUUCCUGCAAGCGGUCCAGGAAGGCUUCUGCGGCUGCUACGGACAUGAGCAGGUGGAGAGCGCCAUCGCCUAUGGCAUGCAGGGGGACUUCCGGGAGCAGCUAAAGAUUCUCAUGGAGAAGUACAACUCUCCGGAAGUGGACCGCGUGGCCUCGAUGAUGGCCAAGGUGCAGCACAUCAACGACCACCUCAUGGACAGCAUCGACAAGAUCCUCGAGCGGCAGGAGAAGAUCGACUUGCUGGUGCACCGCAGCGAGGUUCUCUCUGCGUCUGCCAGCAGCUUCCGGCGGGAUGCAGAGCACCUGCGGCGCCGGGUGUGGUGGCAGAACGCCAGGACAAUGGCCGUGAUGGCCUGCGUACUGGUCCUCGUCAUUCUGGUGGUGGUGCUGUCUUCCUGUGGCUUCUCCCUCUCGCACUGCUGA